AUGUAUGUUGCAGGAGAUACCAUUACGGCUGUUAUUGAUAUAGGCAGUGAAACAGCCAAGAUUGGAUAUUCGGAUACGCUCUUACCGAUGAUAUUCUGUCCUAGCAUAUCAUGGAAGAACGAGUACAUAUCCCCGGUGACUAGGUCGGUUGUAAGCGAUGUGGGAUCGUAUCUUAGGAUUCUAUGCGACAAUGCGCCACGGGAUGCACAAUCACUGGUGAUUUCAGAGAACACGAUGGAAGCAGGAGGAACAAAGAGGGAGAUUCUGGGGUAUCUUAUGGAGAGACGAAUGUGUGAAUCAGUGUUGUUUGUCAGGAGUGGAAUCCUGGAUGCCUUUUCAUAUGGAAAAACAACAGGAGUGGUUGUUAGUCUUGGAGGAGGAUCGAGCCAAGUUUGUAGUGUUGUUGAUGGGCUCAUCACUUGCCGGAGACGGCUGGAUGUUGGGGGGAACGACCUGACACAGGACUUUAGAAGAGGGAUGGAAGAAUGCGGGAUUGAUUUAAGGAAGUUUAUUGGUGUGAAUGAUGGUGGAUCUUGGUGUGAAAGGAAGAUUGAGUUUGAGAAAAACGAAUUUUGCCGAUAUGUUAAAGAAGCAGUUCUGAGUUUUCGGAGCGAGGAAACAGACAGAAGAUAUGAGUUUCCGAAUGGAGAGACGGUUGAGAUGGAGGACUGGUGUAACAGAAUUUCAAAAAGGCUGAAGGAGGUUGUAAAGCUGAUUGUUGAGGUUACUGAAUUGAAUGCAAUGGAAGUGAGGUCUACGCUGAGCAGUAACAUAUUGGUUGGGGGAGGAUGCGGAGAAAUAAGAGGAAUGGAGAGUUUUAUUUGCGAAGAGCUUGGGAAGGAGCGGCCGCGAUGGAAAGUGAAGGUGAACGUUGAAAGGAGCCGGUUUAGUACGUUUGAAGGGGGUUCUGUGAUUGGAUCUAUGGGGAGUGCAAAAAGCUUCCACAUUGGAAUCAAGGACUAUGAAGAGUACGGAGAAGGAAUUCUAGACAGAAAGAAAUGCGAAUGGAUUGUGGAGACUGUAUGA